CUGUGACCCUGCAAUCGGCAAAAUACAUACAGUAGGUCGCUCUAUUUCAAUACCACCCAAGAUGAAGUUCCUAUGCCUUCAUGGUGCCAUCGGCAAUAUUGAAAACAUCAGCAUUCAACUAGCACCGCUACAGAAGGAACUGGCACGCGAUUAUGAGGCUUCGUUCCAUUACAUCAACGGCUUGGUUCGAAUCAAACCGCCGCAAGGAUUCGAGGAGUAUUUUGGCGCCGGACCGCAUUAUCGCUGGGCGGAAGACGGCGGCGCAGCCGAAGAGUCGAUGAUCAGCCGGGUACGCAAAAUCCCAGUCGGGCAGAACCCGGAGGAUGUGAUGCGCGACCUGGCUGGAGGCCGAGAUGUGGCAUGGAAGAACCAUGAUGAUGUGAUGCAGUAUCUUUACGAUACUUUGGAGAAGCACCCAGACAUUGGCGGAAUCAUUGGAUACAGCGAAGGCGCAUCGAUCGCCGCAACAUUCAUUCUAGAUGAGCAGCGCAGAUUCGAAGAAAAUGGCCGCGAGCGACGCAUCAAGUGCGCAAUUUUCAUGACUGGCUGGCCUCCAAUUGACCCCAACAAGGGAAUUAUCCUGGCAGAUCAGGACGACGACCUGAUCGAUGUGCCUACCCUGCACGUUGUGGGCGCCAAUGAUCCCUUCCGACAUGGCGCAUACGCGCUAUACAAUGUCUGUGACCCGGAUACAGCCGCAUUCUUCGACACGGGCAAGGGCCACACUAUUCCGCGAUCCGGAUUGGUGAUCAGUGAGCUAGCUGACGCAAUCCGAGACCUCAUAGCCAAGUCAGAAGAGGCAUUCUAGGCCAAAGAUCCGGCUUUCUAAGGUAGUAAUCACACGAAACGAGACGGGCGCUCGGAUGAAUGGAGGACCUUGAAGCGGCCUUCACGCAGACUACUCUAGAAGCAAUAUCGAUGAAGUAAUAAUUUUUUU